AUGGCUGCAUUGUGGAGAUAUUGGCGACACUUCAAUCUGAAACUGAAAAGGGAAUAUUUAAUGCCAUAUUUGAAGGCGAACUUAACUUUGUUAGGGAACAAUGGCCAUCAAUAUCAGACGGUGCUAAAGAUAAAAGAUCUAGUCAGGAAGAUGCUGAAUCCAGAUCCAAAGAAGAGAAUUACUUCUACACAAGUCCUUGUGGGCGAAUUACCUUCGUCCCAAAAUGGGAGACUUAUUUGGUGUGGCAGUUGGGAGGGUAGCUUGGAUGUGGAUGAGGUGAGAAAGGAGGAGGAGCUGAAAGUUAGGAUUCAAUUAUUUUCCUUGAGAGACAAUGUUAGGGAUAGCUGGGUUUGGCAUAAGAGUGUUUGUUCGGUUAAAGAGGCGUACUCUGUGAUUAUAGAGGAUAUCACCAACGUUAGAAUAGAAGACAGGAAGUUAGUGGUUGUUUGGAACAAUUUAAUUCCACUCAAGGUUUCGACUUUGGUGUGGAGGAUUUGGAAAAAUAGGAUACCGUUGAGAGAUAAUUUGGUUAGUAGAGGCAUCUUGGUUGUAUCUCAAAAUUCAUGCCCACAUGGCUGUGGCAGAGAGGAAAAUGUUGCGAACAUUUUCUUCGAAUGUCCGUUAGCUUGA